AUGAACGCCUUCCCGCGCCUCCCGUGGCGCCAGUCGGCGCAGAAAUGGAGCUGCUUCUUCUGCCAGCACGCUCGCCCUUCCCCGCGAACCCCCCGAUUGCCUGUCGCAGCUCCUCGGCGCGCCGCAUCCACAACUCCCUCGCCGAAGCAGACCGGACCUAACUUCGGUGCCGCACCCUCAAUGGAGCAGGUGCAUGCGCACUACAGGAAGAAGAACGCUACGACGGCGUACUAUACCCUCAGUGUCAUCCUGGGCACUGUGGCAUUGUCUUACGGCUCCGUCCCUUUGUAUAAGAUGGUGCGCUCACUCCCCAUGUCUCCGGCUUCGACACUUGAAAACAAAACUGUGAUCUGCCAAACUACAGGCUGGGGCGGCCAGCCCAUUCGCGCCCACGGUCCCGACGUAGACUACAGCGAAGACGGUCUCGCCUCUCGUCUGGUCCCAGUGACCUCGGCAAAGCGCAUUCGUGUUACCUUCAGCUCCUCUGUCUCGGACGUUCUCCCCUGGAAAUUCACCCCUCAACAACGUGAAGUGCGUGUGCUCCCUGGCGAGACGGCGUUGGCGUUUUACACGGCGACCAACACUUCUGAUACGGACAUCAUCGGCGUUGCAACUUACAGCGUCACGCCCGGCCAGGUGGCGCCAUACUUUAGCAAGAUUCAAUGCUUCUGCUUCGAGGAGCAAAGACUGAAUGCGGGCGAGACGGUUGAUAUGCCGGUCUUUUUCUACCUGGAUCCCGAUAUUGUCAACGAUGUCAACAUGCGCGGCAUCGAGACCGUGACGUUGAACUAUACCUUCUUCAAGGCCAAGUAUGACGACAAUGGCAAGUUUAAGCCGCCUGUGCCGCUCGACCACACCAAAUAA